AUGUGUAGACCAUUUGUUGGAUCCAGACUUCACUCCUGCCAGUGCCAAUUUCUCCCUCCCUAUGCAGCCUCCAGCAUUACCACACUGUUCCAGAGAGGAAUAGCCAAAAGUCCUUUCCUCCUCCCUACCAAUGGGAUCCCUCUGUUGAAUCAAAGCAUUCAAUGGACAGAAGGAGCCUUUUCAUCUGCAGAAGUUGAAUUCUGGUUCCGGACCCAUGUUUGCAACUGUGUGAUUCAAACAUUAAUGGAGAACUCAUCACAAUCUGGGGUAUCACUGUUUAUUCCUAUUUUACCCAUUUUAGAGAUAAAUGGAUAAACAACUAUUUCCCCAUUAUAGCUCCAACCAUGUGGAGAAUUAGGUCAUUUUUACACUCCUGCCAUACAUAAUCAUUAGGCAUUAUUUAAAUUAUUGUUGAAAGAAGCGUGGAUUUAUCAGACAUGAUCUAGCCCUGUUGCCUUGAAGGGCGGUGUAAAAUAUUUUUUAAAAUACGUAUCAGUUCAUGGAACCUGGUCAUCUGAGCAGCCACAGCAAGGACAAUUUGAUCAGUGCUUUUUUAAUAUCUUGGGUUAAUUGCUUUGCAGGAUUGUUGUGAAGAUAAAAUGGGAAGGAUACUCUAUAUGCCUCCUUGAGCUCCUUGCAGGAAAGGCAGGAAAUAAAUAUUGCAUAAUAAAUAAUUGCUAGGAUGUAAAUAGCUAUCCUGCCAGAAAACCUUGCAGUCAACCAUACUGUAGACUUGAGCUGAAAUAGAAAGUCAACUGAUAUUUUUAAAAGAACGAUGAGUUCCAUGAACUCAAAGAUAAUUUGUUCUUUUUAUUUUUUUAAAAAAUGAUAUUUAUUAUAAUUUGUUCUUUUUAAAUAACAUUGUAUCUUAAAGGCAACACCAGGAAGUCUCUCUGUAAUCUGAAUAAAACUUCUCAACGAGAUCUGGUAUCAGAGUAACAAAUGAAUUUAUUUCCUUUUAAAAAAAUAAAUGGAAAGUGGGGUGUGAAGAUUGGUAUCUUUGGUAAGAAUGCUAUUCUGUGAUUUUUGCUUCUGGUCUUUCUAAUCUAGCUGGACCCGCCACAUACAUCUAAGUCUGAGCCAGAACUGCUGCCCAAGGUAAGGCUCAUUACUCCUAGGGACAUAGGGAGCAUGUCCUUAACUCUAUUAUUUUGGGAUUGGCGGUGAGCAAAAGCAAUGAGCUUGUGGUACACACACAGGGAGAGAGAGAGAUGCAUACUUUUAUAGCCACCCUUGCUACAUUGUGCUGUAGAGACACUUUAAAAUUACAGCAGUUGCACAGAACAAUUAUCAGGCUUCACAGCAGCAUUACUCUUCUCAGCUUUGGUUUUACGUUUUGCUGGGCAGAAGCUCAAAUGAUUAUACUAGCAAACUGAACUCAAUUUAAAAGGAUCAGUUUUCAGUUUAAUAGUGCUAACAACAUUGCCUGCACACUGCCUAUGUUCAGUCUGAAUGUUUUUUGUGUCCACACUGCAGAGGGGUGGAAGAUCUGAUACUCUAAAAUAGCAUAUACAGAAUCUAACUGCUGAGCUUGAGCAAUACUACUUAGGAGUUUAUGUCACUGUAGGUAACAAGACAUCCAUGUCCAGGCUGGUGCACAACCAUAACAGAUGUGUGUGAUUUGUUUAAUAAAGACCCAAAGGCAAAACUAGUAACUGUGUUUUUGAAAUAGCGCUUAUCAAUCACUUUUAGAAGCAGGAAAAGUGCCAUGAAGCAAUGUCUGUGUCCAUGAAUUUCUGUCCUCUGCUCCAUCUGUAUUGCAUUUAUUCUUGUGUUGGUGAAACCUCCAGAUCCUGGCAUGGGUCACCUAGUGAUAAAGAAUGUUCAGUCGCUGAGGGAAUUAAGCAGUUUAUAGUGCUCUCUGGAAAGCAAGGAAAAGUCAGGUUGGCUAGGAUUAAACCUCACACAGGCAGGUUGAGGAGUGAAAAGAGGUCCAGGUAUGUAGGGAAUUUAAGGGACAAACAGGUGGAGGCAAGGAAGCUAGUGGAAGGAUUGGGCUAAGAAAAUAAAACCUGGAGGAGUAGCAGGCAACUUGAAUUAGGGAACCGGGAUGAAAGAAGACUGAAGAAAUGGCACAACACUUAAGGAGAGGAUGGAGGUUGACUGAGGAGGAGAUCGGAUUGCCAGGGAGGGUGUUCAAGAGGUAAGAUGGCUACAGGAAGUUGCUGUUACUAGAUGGAAGGUCUAGAACAGCCUUUUCCAACCUGGUGCCUUCCAGACGUUUUGGACUACAACUCCCAUCAGCUCCAGCCAGCUGAUGUUAUUACAGAGCAGGGAUUCUAACUUUGUUUACAGUGUCUGAGCACAGCUCCCAAGUCUGUCACUCAAAAAGUCAUUCCUGGUCUCUGCAUACACCCUACGUUCUUCAUUUAAGUAGCCUAAUUUAGAAGGGAAUUAGAAACCCUUGAAGAUAAAUGCAAAGUGAGCUAGAGAUUAAUUCUUGAUGUACUUUCUGUCUCUCUCUGCCAUACAAUACUAUGGACAAAAGCAUACUGUUAAAAAGCAUAGCUGAGAUGAAGCAAAAACAAACAUUCAUGACAGAAUUAGUACAUACUUUACAAUACAAAUGCUGCUUGUCAGCUUCAAGGACAUGACUUGCCUUUCAUUGUACACCAACAAGUACAUGCUGUACUGCAAUAAAUUUUGGGCACUUGGAAUGAGGAAGUUUACAGAGAAAUGAGGAAACUUGGCACUUCCCUCACAAGGAAAAAAAGCACACUUUUAAUUUCUUAUCCCAAGAUUAUAAUGUGGGAGGGAGAGAACUUACAAGGAAACAUAAAUAAUAAAUUGAAGUUCAAUUAACUCCUUAAAAAAGUUCCCCAUUUAUAACUUUUCAGUACAGUAGUAUUUUACUGAGAAAUCCAUGUGGGCAUUUCCUGAUUUUAACAACUUGCCUGUGGUCAUCUGAAUGUUAGGGAGGAGGGGACUUUGGGUAUUAGUAAUGUAUUCCACUCUCCCUUCAAUGCUAUAGGUACAUAGGAUAUUUUGUGAGAUUGAAAUUUGGAUGAAUUAUUCUUUGUCUGCCUAUGCUGAUACUAAUACAGUGUACCCUAUAUGAGAAGAAAAUGGAGGUUCUUGUGGGGCCAGGAAAGUGGGAUAUCAUCCAUCUGCAGAUAGGAGCAAUAGAUGGCAUUCAACUAAGUUUUACUCUGGGUAGACCCACUGAAAUUAAAUUAGUGCCAUUAAUUUCAGUGGAUGUACAGUACCACUAACUCAAAGAGCUAAUCCGCAGUCCUGCCUCAUCACCACUACCAUCUGCUAUAGAACUAAGUUACUGUGUGGGCGAUCAACAUAUCCAUCAUUAGGUAUGGAAAGAUCUCAGUUCCUUCGUUUUCCAAUCCUAACUUCAGUUCUCCACAUUUUGCAGCAAUUUGCAUUUAAAGAAAAAGCUUUUGAGGAUUCAUCAGCAUUUUGUACAAAUUUCUCCAAACACAUUUCAUAUGCAGUUUUGACUAAUGUACACAUUUUUGCAAGCACAUUUUUCAAAUAUAAGGCACUUUUGUAUGCUACUUUCACCGAUACCUUCAUUUGUAUGCACACUUUCCCCUAAUAUAUUCAUUUUUGUAAACAUUGCUUGUUUGGAGAACUGUAUUGCAAAAUUUGGGUAAGAGUGAAUUUCAAAGAAUAGCUGUAUUUUGGUUUGUAUAUUGUUCUAGAAAGUGUGAAUUUAAUAGAUUCAGCUUUAAAUACCAACUGAAUCGAAUUUCUCCUCCAUUCCUAUCCACCAUUUCUAAUUGAUUCCAUUAUGCAGCUUAAUUCAGUGUUCCUUUAAGAGCUGUACAUUCUUUCAGUUUGAGAGAGGAUUCUCUGUGGAGCAGAACCAGUAAAAACUUUCAGUGAACUUUUUUUUAAAUAACCACACAUUAAAAACAACUCUGAGUCAUAGAAGGAAUCUAAUCUUAAAAACAAAACAAACACCACCAUCAAAGUCAUUCCAUCCUUUCAAUGUCAAUGGCGCUUUGGAGCAAGUCCUUUCAGUUACCAAACGGCUUUCAUUGUGUUACUUGGAAUGAAAGCAUCCAAGUUUGUCUAUGGUGCUCAGCUAUGUUACAGUAGAAUAGAUUGUGUUACAAGGCACUUCACAGUGCUUGAGUCAAGCCAGUUGACUGGCUUCGAAGGCAUUUCCGUUUCCAAUCCACCUCCCUCCUUGACACCCCCAUUUUAUAUUUUUCCAACUGUUUCAGGUCCUCGCUCGAGUGAAAGGAAACCUCAAGGUUGCUUUAAUGUGAUGCCACACCUUUCCCAUUGUCAUCUUUACCACACCUUUCAAACAGCAGUGCCUUGGCUGGCUGAUCACAAUAGCGUCCUGAAAAACCUCCGAGGUGCAGCUGCAUGCUUUGGGCCUCAGAGAAAUGUUGUACAUGCAACAGCUGAAUGAGUUUGGAUAAAAGGCUUGGGUUUCAAAAAGGAUUAAUUUUCAACUUCUUUUUCAUCCUUAGAAUGGGCAGUCCCAAUAGGAAACAUUUGAUUCCUAGGUGGCCUAGCUAUUCAAAGGGGCAAAUGGUAUAAUUUUUAAAAGAACUGAUCUCCAUUAAAGGUUUACAUUGAACCACAAAUACUAAAAGUUAUUUGUUGUAACAGAAUGUAGUGUCAUUAAACAUAAAGUAAGAAGGUGUAAGAUGACCCUAAUAGGUAGAUGCUUUUAGGGGACACACACGUAACUUGCAAUCCCUGUUUAUAGUAUUUGUUUCUUAAGCAAUGCCACUGUAUUUGAGCAUACAAAACGCACUGCUAAGCCUCUUCUUUCUUGUUAUCUUUGGAAGUCCUUACCUUUAGAGUGACACUGUGUGCCCCCUUGUGCAACUGUAUCCUUUGAUUUUAGAUUUGCUUUUUAUUUUUAAGAUACUGGCAACUUUAUCAUUCUUGUUAUUUCAGUAUUUGCAUCCUGCUGAUAUCCAACUACCACAGAUUUCUUCCUCAAAGCUAAAACAGUAA